AUGGCGUCCUUCAGCGGGCAACUGGGCGGCGCCAACAAAAUCACAAAGCUGAGGGGCAAGAUGGUCAAGCCGAUCCUCAAGAAGGCCGGGUCGCGCUCGGCCAAGAACUCGUUGGAUCUGGGCCGCGCAUGGGAGGAGCAGCCGGCUGACCAGCUCCAUCAGCUCGACGGGCCCGCGUGGGGCAACUACGGACCGCGCUCGCAGUCGGUUAAGGACGUCAGCUUCGUCUUCUCUGGCGCCCUCGGCGUCGUGCGGGACGGCAGCGCAGGCACGGGCGCCGGUGCCGUCCACGGCCGCACUGCCUCGCAGGCCUCGACUGGCAGUGGCUCCCGCGGCUUCAUUCAUCCCUUCCAGCAGACACCGCGCACGUCGACCCCACCGCUGUCGUAUGCCAAUUCCCUGGCCUCGUUUGACAAUGCAAAGGACUACUCCCCAACAAUCACGGAAAACGAAGACGACAGUCUCGACCCGCGCUCGUACUCGCAGCAGCACCACCUUCACCACGCCUCGCCGUCUCUCCCGCCCACCGUCUCGCAGUCGAACCUGCGCCGCCCCUCUCUAGCCAGCCAGCGGACGUCGUCUCUCUCCGACAUUGCAUCUACAGCAGCGCCCCUGCGCGUCAACACCAACCGCUCAACCGCCACGACCUCGCGCCUCGCACAUGGCAGCCUCACCGCGAGCCACUCGGACCUGCACCUAAACCUCGCCGGCAGCGGCCUUGAUUCGCCCACGGGCAGCGUCGGGGGCACCCUCCCGCCGCCCUCUCUUACCUCCCCCCCGUCGAGCUCCGCCGCAGCCAUGCUCCCGAUCCGCAGCUCGCUCGAGUCGGCCGGCUUCCCGCGCCUACGCAGCCGGUCCGAGCUCGACACUGUGGCCAGGGCCGAGAACAUCCGCGCCGCCCGCCGCAAGUUUGAGGAGCGCGAGCGCGCCAAGGAGGAGAAGUACGACCGCGAGAUGAUCAAGAAGCGCGAGCGCCGCGACAACAAGGAGGCCAGCCGCAUCGAGAAGGAGGCGGCGGCACGCAAGACCAGCUUCAGUGGCAGCGAAGCCGCGCGGCCCUCAGCGUCCCGCAAGACCACGCCCACCAACCUCUCCACGUCGUCGGCCCCCGUCAUGGGGUCCGGAGGCAUGGGAGGGAGCCUGGGGAAGGGCAACUGGAAGCGCGCCGAGCCCGUCAUGGAGGAGAAGCAGAUGGCCUUUGUGGGCCGCAAGUAUGAGAGCGUGCCGCCCACACAGGCGCCGCCGGCCUUUGGCACCGGCGUCGACGACGUCCGAUUCGAGCAGGCCCGGCCGCGGCGCUCCAGCACCGCCAAGAAGAGGACACAGAGCUACUGGCAGGGCUUUAUCCUGUGGCUGCGCACCAAGCUGCUCCGGAUGAGCGGCCGGUAG